AUGACCAUGGGCAGGAUCAUCUUCUACGAGGACAGGAACUUCCAGGGUCGUUCCUAUGAGACCAGCAGCGACUGUCCUGAGCUGACCUCCUUCCUGAGCAGGUGCAACUCCUGCAGGGUGGAGAGCGGCUGCUUCAUGGUGUACGAGAGGCCCAACUUCAUGGGCCACCAGAUGCUGGUGAGGAGAGGAGAGUACCCCGACAACCAGCGACUGAUGGGCAUGACCAUGAGCGACUGCAUCCGUUCCUGCCGCAACAUCCCCAUGCACAGGGGACCUUACAAGAUGAGGAUCUACGAGAGGGAGAACUUCGGCGGCCAGAUGCACGAGCUGGUCGACGACUGCGAGUCUCUCCAGGAGCGCUACCGCAUGUCCGACUGCCAGUCCUGCAACGUGAUGGACGGCCACUGGCUGAUCUUUGAGCAGCCCAACUACAGAGGCAAGAUGAUGUACCUGAAGCCCGGAGAGUACAGGAACCUCAGGGAGAUGGGCAUGGGCAACAUGAUGAGGUUCAGCUCCAUGAAGCGCAUCAUGGACUCCUGUUAG